GAGAUGAGUCAGCGUGAUAUAUGAUUGGUGAUGGUAAGAGAUUGUAUAAAUAGGCAACAGGGUUCGAUCGUUUGGACUACUGUCUGCUUGUUAACAGAAAAGGGUUGCCGAUUAUUGUUGGUUCUUGGUUGAAUUCCUAAGGAUCUUAGAGCCAAAGUGCAAGAUGGUAAGGCCUCCUUGCUGCGACAAGGUUGGUGUGAAGAAAGGGCCAUGGACCCCUGAAGAAGAUAUCAUCCUGGUCUCCUACAUCCAAGAACAUGGCCCUGGAAAUUGGAGGGCUGUUCCUACCAAUACAGGUCUGCUUAGAUGCAGUAAGAGUUGCAGAUUAAGAUGGACCAAUUACCUCAGGCCGGGAAUCAAGCGUGGAAAUUUUACUGAACAUGAGGAGAAGAUGAUCAUCCAUCUCCAAGCUCUACUAGGCAACAGAUGGGCAGCCAUUGCUUCCUACCUCCCUCAAAGAACAGACAAUGAUAUCAAGAAUUAUUGGAAUACCCACUUGAAGAAGAAGCUCAAGAAGCUUCAGGCAGGCCUAGAUGGAUCUAUUAGCGGUGGUGGUGGCGACCACCAAUCAAUCUCAAAGGGUCAAUGGGAAAGGAGGCUUCAGACUGACAUCCACCUAGCUAGACAGGCACUCUAUGAAGCCUUGUCCUUGGAGAAGACCGAUUCUCCUACUGAGAUGAAACCGUCCGACCCAAUGUGCCAAAACUCUCUUCCGAGAUCAAAUCAGUCUGCUUCCACUUCAUCAUCUUAUGCUUCUAGUGCUGAGAACAUAGCUAAGCUUCUUGAGAAUUGGAUGAGAACUUCACCACCAAAGUCUGGGGGAAGUUCCUCAGAUAUGAGGCAGCAUUCCCCCAUCACCGAAGCCACCUCCAGUGAAGGAACCCAGAGCAGGGCGUCCCAGUCCCUCACACCUACCAGUCCUACGACAACUACACUUAAGACAGAGUUGGGUGGUGGAGAUUUUGCCUCGUCGAAUCCCCUUGAUUGCUUCCUUGGCUCCGAGCAUGGCGGCAACGGCGUGACAUGGAAAGCAUCCUCAUCUGUUUCCACCGAAGUUUCUCAACCACAGUCACCUGAUGAGCAGACUGCAAACUGCUGCAACUUGUCUGGUAGAAGAAACGUGGAAACGUUUCAGGCAGAAAGCAAAGUGAAAGUAGAGGGUGAUGCUCCACUCUCUUUGCUUGAAAAAUGGCUCCUUGAUGAAGUUAUUUCUUCCCAAGGCCAUGACGAAAUUCUCAUGGACAUGUCAUUAGAUGUAUUUUAGACAUGGGUAUUGGGUUCAGGGGGGGCUACUUGUCUUGGUUUGCUUCUUUUCCUUCCUUUUCUUUUUCGAUCCCCUCUUGGUUUAGCGUGUGAAGAGUUGAACUGUAUAAGGUUAAACUGAUCUAAAGUUCUUCAGUAGGUAUUCAGGUAGAAUAUACCUUUUUCAUAGAGGAGAUGAAAAAGAAGUGUAACAUACAAGUCUCUCUUUUAUAAAUAUAUAUAAAUGUUAGAAGAAAACAA